AGUAAACCACGACACAUCAUAAUAAUCAUCACACACUCUCUCUCUCUUCUAGUUUUCUUCCAUUAAUUCCCCCGAUCUUUUUUCUACAUCUACAGAUUACUUUUCUUGUGGGGUUGCUUUUUUGGAGUGUUAGUCUAUGGCGAUUGCAGCUGCAGCUGUUAUCGUUCCGUUGGGCAUUCUCUUCUUCAUUUCGGGUCUUGUUAUCAAUCUUAUUCAGGCUACUUGCUUUGUCCUUGUACGACCAAUUUCGAAGAGCACAUACAGGAGGAUUAAUAGAAUCGUUGCAGAGCUCUUAUGGCUGGAACUUGUGUGGAUAGUUGAUUGGUGGGCAGGUGUAAAGAUUAAAGUGUACGCGGACCCAGAAACAUUUAAUCUAAUGGGUAAAGAACAUGCUCUUGUCAUCGCAAAUCACAGAAGUGACAUAGAUUGGCUUGUUGGUUGGAUCUUAGCUCAGAGAUCUGGUUGCCUUGGUAGCUCACUUGCUGUAAUGAAGAAGUCAUCAAAACUCCUUCCAGUAAUUGGUUGGUCUAUGUGGUUCUCUGAGUAUCUUUUCCUUGAAAGAAGCUGGGCCAAGGAUGAAAGAACAUUGAAGUCAGGUCUUCAACGGCUAAGCGAUUACCCUUUGCCGUUCUGGCUGGCACUUUUCGUUGAAGGCACCCGCUUUACACAAGCAAAGCUUUUGGCUGCUCAAGAAUAUGCUGCUUCAGCAGGGUUACCUGUUCCAAGGAAUGUAUUGAUUCCUCGUACUAAGGGUUUUGUUACUGCAGUAAGUCAUAUGCGCUUAUUUGUUCCAGCUAUUUAUGAUGCAACAAUAUGCAUCCCCAAAAGUUCACCUGCACCUACAAUGCUGAGACUCUUCAAGGGGCAGCCUUCUGUGGUGCAUGUGCACCUUAAGCGGCAUGAGAUGAAGGAUCUGCCUGAAAAUGACGAUGCCAUUGCCCAAUGGUGUAGAGAUAUCUUUGUGGCCAAGGAUAAGUUAUUGGACAAACAUAUUGCCGAAGACACUUUUGGAGAAGAAAAACUGCAAGACAUUGGCCGCCCAAUGAAAUCCGCUGUGGUAGUCGCAUCUUGGGCAUGCAUUCUUAUCUUAGGAACCAUAAAAUUUUUACAAGCAACUGCCUUGUUGUCGUCAUGGAAGGGUCUUGCAAUAUCAGCUGCUCUCAUGGCUGUUGUUACAGUUCUCAUGCAAAUUUUGAUCAAUUUCUCGAAGUCAGAACGCUCUACAGCUGCCAAGGUUGCACCAGCAAAGGAAAAGAAUGUGAAUCAGGCUUGAGGAAAUGGGCAGGAGGACAAAACACACUAAUUAUGAUUUUUCAUCUGAAUGGUAAAUGAACCCUCAGUUUGUAGCCUUGAUCACGAGAAUUACAAAGAUGAUGUUUGUAUUAUAUAGUAACUUGCUUAUCUAUUUUAGACCUGUAAUUUUUGGCCAAAGUGAACUAAUUUGUGUUCAUUUUUGUUUCUAAAGAUGCAGAUUCCAUGUUUGGUCAAUUUAUUAGUUGUUACAGUUAUGCCUAUGAUGUUGGUGAA